CUGCUGAGAGUCAGAAAGUCUCGUACUAUAUAGCCUCUGACUCAGACUGUAGCUUACUCGCAUAUGCAGAGGGACCUGGUCAGUAUCUUUCUACUACGAUUGCAAUCUGACUGUUUGAAUUGUUCACUGUAAAACUUUCUUCUCACUUUAUUCAUUUACACUUGUUAUACAAAUGUGUUGAACAAUGGUUUCAUUGACUGCAUUCUUCAUGAAUAAUGAAUUCAACAGAACAUAUAUAACUCUGGAUGGGUUUGUUCAAGUCCAUAAAUACAGAUAUCUGUAUUUUGUGAUCAUAUUGACACUAUACAUUCUUGUAAUCGUCUUUAAUUUCACCAUUGUGUAUCUUAUAUGGACUCAUAGAAACCUUCAUGAGCCAAUGUAUAUUUUCAUUGCAGCUCUGUUACUGAACUCUGUUCUAUUCAGCACUGCUAUUUACCCAAAGCUUUUGGUUGACUUUUUAUCUGAGAAACAAAUCGUAUCAUAUUCAGCAUGUCUUUGUCAGUCAAUACUUUUUUACGCUAUAGGCGGUUCAGAGUUUCUACUGUUGUCAGCCAUGGCCUAUGAUAGAUAUGUGUCCAUAUGUAAACCUCUCUUAUAUCCAACCAUUAUGACAAAAACAACUGUUACAUAUCUUCUUGUUCUUGCUUGGCUUCUUCCUCCUCUUGAACUUUUGGGGUCUGCCAUACACUAUUCUCGUAGAAAUCUCUGUGAUUUUUCUUUGGCAGGACUUUUUUGUAACAAUUCAAUUGUAAACCUUCUUUGUGUAAAAACAAGACUUAUGUUGAUAGUUAGUUUUUUUAUUAUGUGUAAUCUUUUAGUUCUACCUGUGACCUUCAUACUCUUUACAUAUGCCAGGAUAUUUCUGAUAUCCUAUCAUAGCUGUAAAGAAGUCAGGAAGAAAGCUGCAGAGACCUGUUUGCCCCACUUGAUGGUUUUGUUAAGCUUUACCUGUUUGUAUGUGUUUGAUAUCAUCAUAAUAAGAGUUGAUUCUGAUUUUCCAAAAACAGCCCGAUUUGUAGUGACUUUACAAGUAGUUUUGUAUCAUCCUCUCUUUAACCCUAUCAUGUAUGGCCUAAGAAUGAAAGAAAUUUAUAAACACCUCAAGAGGUUGUUCUGUUAAGACAAACUGUAAAACGUGUUGAAUGGCAUCUUAAUGAGCAUUUAUUUGUUUAUAUACCGUAUUUAUAAUGCUUUUGCCUUUAUACUACACAAAGUUGACAGAUCUUGUCCACCAGAAGUGCUCCAUUUACUUCAUACCUUACAAAUUGAAUCUCUUCGAUUUCUUGUUUUGUUCUCAUGUCAUUUUUGGGCUUUUUAUGCCUUUAUAGAUAGAGGAUAGUUGGAAAUCAGGGACAGAAAGAAUCAGGAAUGACAUGGGAGAAAGGAGCCACAGGACAGAGUUGAACCCGAGCCGCACGCGUCAAUGACUACAACCUCUGUACAUUGGGCGUGUGCCCUAAUCCCCGUCCACCAGCGCCCUGUUGGUGCAAUUACAAUCACUCCGGACUAUUGCAGCUUGCAAAAGAAUCGCUCUUCAGUAACUAUAAUUGUGUUACGUAUGAGUUUAAGGGUUUGGAACCCAGAAUGCAGAACACGGAAACAAAAGUCAGUCUUUAAGACGUUUUAAUGUAGCUUAUAGCAAAAUAAAAGGCUUAAGGCAGUUGGUGGCAAUAGAGGAUGGGCUGGCGCAGGAGAACUCAAAAAACAGCAAGGCCAAACAGAAAUCCAAAACAAGGAGGUGAGGCUAACCGGCAGGCUGCACACGAAAAGAGAAAACAGGUCAGUCCAUGACACAAGAACAAAAUAUCACGGUCAAAGUUCUUCAAGGUAAGGAUAGUAGUGUGACACAGUUACCGACUGCAAAAGGAAUAAUCUGGCACAGGAGUUGAGUCUCGUCAUGUCUUCAAGGCCUGAGUGAUGACCUGAUGAGAUUCAGGUGCUCCUCGUUCCAGCUCAGCCAGCCACGCCCUCCACUGCACACACACUGCAAGAGAGAAAACAGAAAACAGAAGGAGGGGAAACAAACACAAAGUGACACCAAAUGCAUCAGAAACUAACACCAUGACAAAUUGCCUUUUUUAUGUUUGACUUUAAAGGUAUGCUGUUCAUAUAAACAAGGUCACAAAAUUGAAAAGUCACUGAUAAUUUAGUCGGACACAUUAAGUUUCAGUUUUUUAUCACUUGAUGUAACUGACGUCUUUAAACUAACUAGAAUCACAUUUAUUCAAUGCAAACAGGUAAUAAUCAUUUUAAUUUUUCAAGCUUGAUGUGAUUUCACUGAUGUAAUAAAUAAAAUGAAAAACAAUCCAGAGAAUUUCAUUGUUUUCACUAUGCCAUGGAAAUCUUGAACCUUAAAUGCCAAUUGUC